AUGGAGAAUGCAAGGAAUACAGAUGAAUCGGAAUCAUCUGAAACAAGAAUUGCAAGAUUGGAAAGGAUGGUUGAAUUAUUGAUUGAGGCUCUAAGACAACAACAGGACCAACAGCUCCCACUUCCUCCUCUGCCACCAGUGCAUCCAGAACCAAAUGCCAAUGAUGAUGUGAUUGCUUUGACACAAAAUGAUUUUCCAGGGAAUUUGAUUGACAGUGAGAUUGAAUUCACUAUUGAGGUGAUACCGGACCUUGAGAAAUUCGAAGUUGAAGUUGUAUUACGGGAGCAAGGUGGGACUUUAGCUGUUAUCUUCGCCCAACCAGCACUUAUUGAGGAAAUUAAAGAGAAACAACAGCAAGAUGACUUUUUGAAAAAGAUUAUUGAUGAACAGAAACCCAAACUGAGGCCAGGCUUUGUGUUUCAAAGUGAUUUGUUAAAGUUUCAAGUGCCAGUGUCCACUGUUUCUGAUAAGGACUCAAAGUUCACAUCAAGAUUUUCGCAAAGUUUACAAAUGGCGUUGGGAACUGAAUUAAGAUUGAGCAGUGCAUACUAUCCACAGACCGAUGGCCAGUCAAAAAGAACAAUCCAAACUCUGGAGGACAUGUUGCGUAUGUGUGUGCUUGAUUUUCAAGGGAAUUGGGAAACUCACUUGCCUCUAGCUGAACUUGCCUACAAUAACAGUUUCUAUUCAAGCAUUAGUAUGGCGCCUUUCGAGGAUCUUUUCCAUGUUAUUGAACCUACUCAUGUGGUGUUAAGUGAUGAUUACACGUAUGAAGAAAGGCCCAUUCAAAUUGUAAACAAACGGAUCAAGAAGUUAAGAAAUAAGGAAAUUUCGUUGGUGAAAGUAGAUUGGCAAAAUCAUGGGGGUAUCUAUGCAACAUGGGAAAUAGAGGAUGAUAUGAAGCGAAGAUAUCCGGACCUUUUCCCACUUGAUCUUAUAUUCUUCCCGGAGGAAGGUAAUUGA